AUACGAAAAAAAAAGGAAAAAAUACGCGGAAAACUUACGCUAAAACAAAAACAUGUCUUAUCGACUUAUAAGCUUAUAUGAGCAAAAAAAGCAAGAAUUUAAUCCAUGGCAACAUUAUUAAAAAGUAAAGAAAAUAAUGUUAAUGAGGAACAUCCUUUUACGUUGAUUCCAAAGUUAUUAAAACAAUUUUAUAAUCUUGGUUGGGUAACAGGAACUGGUGGAGGCAUCAGUAUUAAAUAUGGAGAUGAAAUAUACUUGGCACCAUCAGGUGUUCAAAAAGAACUAGUCGAGGGUAAUGAUCUUUUCAUUCAAGACAUAGAUGAAAAUUUUAUUCAUAUGCCAUCUCAUGGAAGUAAGAAAUUAAAGAUGACACAAUGUCAGCCAUUGUUUAUGAACGCUUAUAAAAUGAGGGGAAGUGGUGCUGUUAUACAUACACAUUCUUCUAAUGCAGUACUAGCAACCUUAUUGUACACAGGUAGCGAGUUUAAAAUUACACAUCAAGAAAUGAUAAAAGGUAUCAGGAAGGGAUCUACCUCCGAUAGUUACAGGUAUGAUGAACUUUUAAUUGUGCCGAUAAUUGAGAACACUCCUUUUGAAAAAGAUUUAAAGGAUAGUAUGGCUGACGCUAUGCUGAAAUAUCCUGAAACUAAUGCAGUACUCGUACGGAGGCAUGGUGUAUAUGUAUGGGGAGAGUCGUGGGAGAGUGCUAAAAUAAUGUGCGAGACAUAUGAUUAUUUAUUUGAUAUGGCUUGUAAAAUGAAACUCCAUGGACUGGAUCCGACUUCUGUUCCAGAAUAAAAAUCAACCAAGGCUUUUUUAAAUUUAUCUUGUCGAAGUUUUUUCGCUUAUGAAAUCUAUAGUAUAUUUCAAUCUAAAAAAAUAUAAUAAAAAAGUAUAGUAUUAAAAAUUUAUAACAAAAAUGUAAGUUUUAUAAAAUUAUUUAUAUUUGAUAAAAUCAGUAGUAUAUCUUCAUUUGUUCGUGUUUUUUUUUUUUUUUUGUUUAUUUUGUUUUCAAAUUGUAUAAAAGCAUAUCCCAUUUUCUACUAUCGCUUUAAAAUAUUCUUUUAAUAUUUUUUGGGAAUGUUUUAAACGAUUUCUUAUACCUACAUUUAAUGCCUACAUUUAAAAAAGUAUAGUAUAGUAUUAAAAAUAU